CCCAACACCCUAUACAAAUAACCGGCUCCAAUACUACACACGAAAUCACCUACAAACCUCCCUUAUCAAAUCAACCGGCCACUACAACCACUAAAAAAUCAAACACCACUGAACCACAAUUAUCACCCUCCAAACCCAACACAUAACACAACACAUUCUAAUGAACCACUCACCCCACAACUUCCAACACAGGAGAACACGCCCCUUCACCAAUACAACUCUGCUCCAACACCCUAUCUUCCUCAACACCAUCACAUGCAACUACCACAGGAUCUCCCUCCAUAACCAACUCCCAUUUACAUCACGCAAUACCCACCAACUCAAGCAUACCCACAGUUUUGGUUGGAAAUGAGUAUGCAGGAACAUGCACUAACCUUUACGAUGGAGAUAGACAAUCAAGAUGUCAUUGUAAUGAUACAAAAUCCAGCGGACAUAGCUCAGAUUGUCACAGAAGGGAUGCGGAUGGGAGUGACCCUCUACAACCAGUUCAACUGGGCCUGCAUCCUCCUUCAGCUCUUCAUCAACAACAUCUAACUCCACAGACACCUUUCCCGCUACCCAUGUUCUUACCUCCAACACCCACAACGACCAAUAUAGACCUACCCUUUUACCCAUCACAACAGCCUCCACAAACAUUUGUGCCUUGGAUCCAACAUCGCACAUCAAUCAUCCCCAUAAUACCCCUUCAUGCACAAGCCUCUCCAUACCAACCCCUAACUUCUCCCCCUAGUCCACUAUGACCUUCCAGUCCAUUGCAAAACGAACUCGACGAAAUAGCAAGCUUGGAAGUGGAAGCAACUAUGACAGAAAUAAGAGAGACUCUACCUAUUCUGAGCUACCUCAAUGGGAACAAGACCUACAUCCUCAAAAAAUAGUACGAAAGAAAGGUCAUCAUAACAUGUCCCCCAGAGCUCCAAAGUGUUUCAAUCAACAUACGCCCACCAAGGAACCCAGAGGUGGGGAAGUUCACUAUAGUCCUGAUUCCAGCACUAAGGAAUACAUCCUCAACGAUGGAGAGGGAGACUCCACCCAACCCAACCAUUAAUCAAUCCAUGUAGUUUGUCAUAUGAAAUUGUAGUAGGGCUUAGUCACCGGAAUUUAGAAGAAACUUUCGAUCAAUGCUCAACUAUCACAAGCCAUCUAUAGUGGCAUUGCUAGAAACACACAUACAAGAUCUUGCAUACCUUAAAGAUGAGUUUGGCUUCUCCAACUUGGCACAGUCACCUGCCCAAGAAAUCUCUGAAGGAAUUGCACUACUGUGGAAGGAGGAGGACAUUAAACUUGAACAAGUGGCAGUUACCAAUCAAGAGAUCCACUUCAUUGUCCAGGUACCUACUACAUCAACUGGGUAGCCCUCAUGUGACACAUGUCUACAUGGAGAUGAAUCAAGUGGCAGAUUUAUUAGCCAAACACGGAACAGCUACCCCCAUGCAACAUCCAUGUACCACUCUUUUGGAACCACCACUUUUUGCUAGGGCUCAAUACAUGGAAGAUCAAUGUGGCACACUCUACACACGUCCCAAAACUGAUCCUAAGCUUUUGGGACAUACUUCUUUUUGUUUACAUAUGCUGCCACAAACUAUGUCUCUAGAUAGCAUGGGUAACCAACGAUGUUUUUGUAUUGAUGUACCUCAGAAUGCUCCUUGUACUACUACUUAAUUUA